GAAAGCCAAACUGUUUUGUAUAUAGCUGAGAAAUAAUUUUGUACUUUUUAUCAUCAUGGUGUUGAUGAAUUCAGGACGUUUUAAACGCGAUCCACUGGCUUCUGGUGAAUCAUCAUCUAUAAAAGUAGAAGAUACAAGUGAAAGACGUUUACAGCAGUCACUUUUCAAUGACGAAAUCGAUGCCAAGUUUGGUUUCGUUCGUUACAAAGAAAGUGCAGAAAGAAAAGCUUGGUUAUUCAACAUGCACUCAACUGAAAUAUUAGAUGAUGAUAAAAGACUAAUUAGUGCUGUUGACUUUUAUUUUGUAGAAGAUGAUGGCAGUAAAUUCAAGGCUACUUUGCCAUACAAGCCUUAUUUUUAUGUUUCAACCAAUAAAGGUGCUGAACAAGAAGUAGCAUCUUACUUAAAUAAAAAGUACGGCGGUACCAUUAGUAAAGUUGAAGUUGUUCUUAAAGAGGAUCUUGAUCUUCCAAAUCAUCUUUCUGGAUUAAAAGGAAAAUUUGUAAAACUAAUGUUUUCCACUGUAUCGGACUUGAUGAAAGUAAGAAAAGAGAUUAUGCCUCAUGUGAAAAAGAAUAGAGAAAAACAAAAAAAUUCAGUAUCAUUUCAUGAAGUGCUGGAGCAAAAUACAGAAGUAGCUACAUCUAAGAAACAUUUUGAACAAAUUGAUAGCAUCAUUGAUAUUCGAGAGUAUGACGUUCCUUUCCAUGUGCGUGUGUCUAUAGACUUAAAAAUUUUUGUUGGGCAUUGGUAUUUUGUAAGAGGCAAAGGUAAUAAUCCACCAGAAAUUAAAUUAUGCAAUGAAUUGUUACAGCCUGUAGAUGUAAUUGUACUUGCGUAUGAUAUUGAAACAACAAAAUUACCGUUAAAAUUCCCUGAUAUGGCCACUGAUCAGAUUAUGAUGAUAUCAUAUAUGAUUGAUGGCCAAGGAUUUUUAAUAACCAACAGGGAAAUCGUAUCUUCUGAUGUAGACGACUUUGAAUAUACACCAAAACCAGAAUUUGAAGGUAAUUUUACAGUUUUUAAUGAAGCUAAUGAAGAGCAGUUAAUUCAAAAAUUUUUCGAUCAUAUACUGGAGGUGAAGCCAUUAGUUUUUGUAACUUAUAAUGGAGAUAAUUUUGAUUUUAAAUUUGUAGAAGCUAGGGCUGCUGUUUAUCAGUUGGAUAUGUUGAAAGAAAUUGGUUUUUCAACGAGUCGUGAUGGAUAUUAUUUAUCAAGACCCUGUGUUCACCUAGAUUGUCUGCAUUGGGUAAAACGUGACAGUUAUUUACCAGUUGGGAGUCAUAAUUUAAAAGCAGUAGCUAAAGCCAAAUUGAGAUAUGAUCCCGUGGAGUUAGAUCCAGAGGAGAUGUGUCUCAUGGCUGCAGAACAGCCUCAAGUAUUAGCUAGUUAUUCAGUUUCUGAUGCUGUUGCUACUUAUUAUUUGUAUAUGAAAUAUGUACAUCCCUUUAUAUUUGCUUUGUGUACAAUUAUUCCAAUGGAACCUGAUGAAGUACUCAGAAAAGGAUCUGGCACUUUGUGUGAAUCUUUGCUUAUGGUUAAAGCAUAUCAUGCAAAUAUCAUAUUUCCUAAUAAGCAGGAAAGUGUAUUAAACAAAUUAACUGAAGAUGGCCAUGUAUUGGAUCAAGAAACAUAUGUUGGAGGACAUGUGGAAUCCCUUGAAGCUGGAAUUUUUAGAGCCAAUUUGCCCUGUAGAUUUAGAUUGGUACCCGAAGCUCUUCAGAAACUCAUGGGAGAUGUUGAAAGGACUUUAAAACAUGUCAUAGAAGUUGAGGAAAAUGUUCCAAUUGAUCAAGUUUUAAAUUUAGAAGAAGUAAAAGAGGAAAUAAUUGAAAAACUGAAAAAACUACGUGAUUGCCCUUCUAGAUUGGAGAAUCCAAUAAUUUACCAUUUAGAUGUUGGGGCCAUGUAUCCCAAUAUCAUUCUGACAAACAGACUUCAGCCUUCUGCAAUGGUAGAUGAGACUACAUGUGCAGCUUGUGAUUUUAAUAAACCAGAUGCCCAGUGUAGAAGAGCCAUGCCAUGGACUUGGCGAGGUGAAAUAAUGCCUGCCUCGCGGGGAGAAUUUCAGCGCAUUCAACAGCAACUUGAAAUAGAGACAUUUCCUUCCUCUGAAGUUAAAGGUAAAAUGAUUCCAUUCCACGAGCUCAGUAAGGAAGAGCAGUGUGCUAUUGAGAAGAAACGGCUUACUGAUUAUUGCCGAAAAGCUUAUAAGAAAACACAUGCUACUCGUGUAGAAGUUCGGAACUCAACUAUUUGUCAACGAGAAAAUUCUUUUUAUGUUGACACUGUGAGAGCAUUUAGAGACCGUCGAUAUGAAUUUAAAGGCCUUUUAAAAGUUGCUAAAAAGAAAGUAGCUGAGGCUGUUGCAAAAGGAGAUGCAUCUGCAAUAAAAUCAUCUAAAACUCUUGAAGUUCUGUAUGAUUCCUUGCAGCUAGCUCAUAAAUGUAUCUUAAAUUCUUUUUAUGGAUAUGUGAUGAGAAGAGGAGCUCGUUGGUAUAGUAUGGAAAUGGCAGGUAUUGUGUGUCAUACUGGUGCUGGAAUCAUCACUAAAGCUCGUGAGAUAGUAGAACAGAUUGGUCGACCUUUAGAGUUAGAUACUGAUGGUAUUUGGUGUAUUUUGCCUUCAUCCUUCCCUGAAAAUUUCACUAUUAAAACAAGUAACCCCAAAAAACCCAAACUCCACAUUUCAUAUCCAGGUGCGAUGUUAAACGUGAUGGUCAAAGAUCAUAAUACAAAUGAUCAGUAUCAUGAACUAAUAGAUCCCGAAAACCAUGUUUAUGAAAUCCGCAGUGAGAAUUCAAUUUUCUUUGAAGUAGAUGGACCAUAUUUGGCAAUGGUGUUGCCUGCAUCCAAAGAAGAAGGUAAGAGGUUGAAGAAACGAUAUGCUGUAUUUAAUUUUGAUGGUUCUUUAGCAGAACUCAAAGGUUUUGAAGUCAAAAGGAGAGGAGAACUGCAGCUAAUUAAAAUAUUUCAAUCUUCUGUUUUUGAGGCAUUUUUGAAAGGAAACACUCUUGAAGAAUGUUAUGCAGCAGUAGCUAAAGUUGCUGAAUAUUGGCUAGAUGUUUUAUACUCUAAAGCAGCAAAUAUGCCCGAUAAGGAAUUAUUCGAUUUAAUAUCGGAAAAUCGUAGUAUGUCUCGUAAACUUGAAGAAUAUGGAGUACAAAAAUCAACUUCUAUAAGUACAGCAAAGCGAUUAGCGGAAUUUCUUGGUGAUCAGAUGGUUAAAGAUGCUGGUCUUAGUUGCCGUUUUAUUAUUUCCAAGAAACCUGAAGGCUGUCCAGUGACAGAACGAGCAAUUCCUCUUGCAAUAUUCCAAGCUGAGCCUAGUGUGAAAAAGCACUAUUUAAGAAAAUGGUUAAAAUCUCCUUCUUUGUCAGAUUUUGAUAUACGCUCUAUUUUAGACUGGGAGUAUUAUAUAGAACGUUUUGGAAGUGCUGUACAAAAAAUUAUUACAAUUCCUGCUGCCUUACAGCAGGUUCCUAACCCUGUUCCUCGGGUUGCUCAUCCUGAUUGGCUGCACAAACGACUUUUAGAAAAAAAUGAUACUUUGAAGCAGAAGAAAAUAACUGAAAUAUUUUCGCAUAAAGCAAAGCCAACUAAUGAAGAAUCGUAUGGGGAGCAAGUUAUAGAUAUUGAAGAUCAAAUUCAGCCUUCAACUUCUGCAGUUGGGGUUCCUGUUUGUUCUAAACGCAAAGCAACAUCGGAAGCUAAAAAUAGCAAAGCUUCAAAAAAGAGAAAUACUCUCAGUGAUUCAGAUUUAAGUAAGACUUGGCUGGAAUACCUUGGACCUCCACCUCCACUUGGAAAAACCAGACCUGAAAUUGUUAAUUGGUUAAAAUACCAGAAAAAGAAAUGGGCAUUUCAAAUACAACAGAGGAAAAGUCUGUCAGCUAGGAAGUUUAGUAAGGAAUCAUCAGCUAUUAAACCUGUUUCAGGUGUUGAUAGAAAUCGAGUGGGAAUAGGUCAGUUUCUGAGAAAAGCUAAAAGAACUUUACUAGAUAGUCCAUGGCAAAUUAUACAGAUUUCUGAAACUGGUCAGUUAGGCAUUUAUAAACUAUGGGUUUUAAUUGAGAAUGAUUUACAUAGUGUCAAAUUAAACAUUCCUAGAAUAUUUUAUGUUAAUCAACUUAAUUCAAAGCUAGGUGAAAGUGAUUUAUGGAAAAGAGUAAACAGAAUUUUGCCUCGGUGUCAUCCUGUUUAUAAUUUAUAUGAGUACACUGUGGACGAACAAAUUUAUCAGCAGCAUUGUAAUGAUUUGCUGGCUGAACUGUCUUUACCUCAUAUUGAAGGUGUAUAUGAAACACAACUUCCACUUGUAUUUAGAGCUCUAAUUGAAUUAGGGUGUGUUUGUGCAGUCAGUCGUAAGUUUGUCAGGCAUUAUGCCUCCUCUGAUACCGAUACUUACCAUCUUCGCCAUUUGGAGUUUCGUACUCUAGCUGGACAUAAUUAUUUAGAAGCUGGAGCUUUAAAAUUAUUAUAUUUAUAUCACCAUUCUUGUGGGCAAAAAUCUAUGUUUGGAUUCUUUUUUCCUCCUUCCAAGCGAGCUGUCAUUUAUGUUUUAGAUACUGUCAAAACAAACCAAAUGCCUAAUUUGGGAAAUAUAUUCGCAGCCGAACGUAAUGCCAAACUUGCAAGUGGAACUGAUAUUAAACUUUUACCUGAAUCUGAUUACCAAUUUGAAAUUCAUAUAGAAAAAGAUAUUAAACAAGUGUAUCGUGGUUUGCAGAAGAAUUUAAUGUUGUAUAAAGAUGAGAAACGAGGGCCAACAGCUGUUGUUAUUCAGUCUCCCAAAACUGCUGAAGAUAUAUGUUUGUUAAUGCCCGUUUUUUCAGAAUUUCCAAUUAUUCCAAUUCAUAUUCAUGACAGUGAUACACUCUAUCAAGUUAUGGAUUGGCAACGAGUAGGUUCUAAAGCUAUGAUCAAACAUUUUAUGAAUGUAGAUUCAACUAUAACUGUUCUUCUUGAACAGUGUCGUUAUUUUCAUGUGCCUAUUGGAAAUUUGCCACAAGAUGUAACUAUGUUUGGAAGUGAUAUCUUUUUUGCUCGACAUUUGCAAAAGCAAAAUUUCAUUCUUUGGUGCUCACCAACAGAAAGACCUGAUUUAGGUGGAAAAGAAGCAGAUGACAAUAGGCUUUUGGCUGAGUCAGAGACUACUCUUGCAGAAGUGAGCAAAAGUGAUGCCUAUCCUAGUGUUUGCUUGGAAAUUUUGGUAGAUGGUAUCCCUGUUUCAACUGUACUGGAAGCUCAAAAUUUAAUGGAGAUGGAAGGUACGAGCUCCAGCAUAGCAUUUGAUUGUGGUCCUUCCUCCUCAUUGGCAGAUAUGAUGACAGGUGGUGCAAACCCAGCACCUUUAGGUGUAUAUGAUGAAAGUGCUGUCUGUGCAGGUGCAUUUCGAGUCCUCCGAACUAUGGUUACUGGAUGGGUUCAUGAUGUAUUAGAGUAUAAAAAUGUUUUUGCAGAUAACCAGAUUAUCAAUUUCUAUAGGUGGUUAAGAUGCCGCCAGGCUUUGUUAUAUGAACCAGCUAUCAAACAGAUAUUAGAUAAUCUCAUGAAAAAAAUGUUUACACAACUAAUUCACGAAUAUCAAAAGUUAGGUGCUAUUGUGUUAUAUGCAUCUUACAAUCGAUUCAUUAUAUGCACAAAACGAAAAAAUGUUGAUGAUGCAAUAGCCUAUGCUCAGUAUGUUAAUCAGUGUAUCAGGAACAAGGAAAUUUUCCACUGCUUGCAGUUCGAAGUAGAGGCUUGCUGGGAAUACUUAUUGUGGUUAGAUACUGCAAACUAUGGGGGUGUUAAAAUAAAACAUGAUGCAUUGGGUGAACAGUCAAAUGAAGUUAGAGCAGAUGACGAUAACAAAGUAGAAAGUUCAGAUAACCAAAGUAAUGAAAACGAUAACCGUACCCUUACAUUAUGCUUUCAUAUUGCAAAUUUUCUACCUCAAGUGGCUGCUAUUAAGGAAAAUUUUUAUAACGUUGUGGCUGAGUACAUUCAAGAGGCAUAUACUUAUUAUAAGGAGCAAGAAAAUUCAUUAAUGACUACUGUAGAACCAAGUCAGGAGCCAGAACAAAGCGAAGAUUCUGAAGACAAUUCUACAGAACUUAUGAAAUAUGUGAGAAGCAAUCUUGCCCAUAAACUUUAUAUUUUAGUAGAAAAAAUUAAGAAAAAGUUACCAUCUGGUACUCUACCAAAUGGUCAAAAUGUAUUUCCUGUUGUACCUGGUUCUUAUCUAAAGUUAACAAAUCCUUCUUUAGAAUUCACCAAAGCUGUGUGCAAGGUAUUAUCUUUAGAUAGUCGUUUAGCUGAUGUUGUCUUGAAAUUACGUCGAGAUCUUUUGAGGAUUGUUGGAGUUAAGGAAUUUAGUGAUGAAGCUGAAUGGAAAGACCCUUGUCUUUCUUUUAUGCUUGCAGAAGUCAUAUGUAAAGUGUGUUUUAGCUGUAAUAAUAUUGAUUUAUGCAGAGAUCGGUAUAUGAUUAAUGAGGCUACAGGUUCUCCUCUCUGGAUGUGCGACAUUUGUAAAUCACCAUAUGACAUUAAAGAGAUAGAGAGUAUGAUGAUAGAAUGUAUUCAUAAGAAAUCCAUGGCACAUAUUUUGCAAGAUCUCCAAUGCAUGAAGUGCAAGAUGAUUAAAGACAGGAAUAUGACAAGGUUUUGUUCAUGUGCUGGCAGAUUUGAUACUUUGCUGCCUAUAAAUGAUUUGAGUCAAACUCUUGCUACAUUUAAAAACAUUUCAGACCAUUUUCAGAUGAAAAAACUGAAAGACAUUGUUUUGUGGGUAGAAAAAAUGAAUCCUCAAAUAAAACUUCAGAGUUAAUUAUAUUUUAUUUUAUGUAUUGCUUUUUUUGCUAUCAAUUUGAUUAAUUUUAAUAUUCUUGUAUAGUAAUAAUUAAAUAUUAAACAAUA